AUGAUUAACAUAUAACCAAGGACAAGACAAGAAAGAGAAGCGUUGCGAGAUAAGGAUAGAAUAGAGAAGAGCAGGAUCGAUUUGAGAGUUGGAUUCGAGGCUAGAGGAUUGGGAGUUGGAACAUUGAUUCAUCAGGCACCUCCCUAGUCUACCUUAUAUGUUCCAGGUAUGAAUAGACUAAUUCUAGAAAAUGAGAGAUUUGAUAAAGAUUUUGCAGUAGCAGACAAAAAACAAAGGGAACACGAAGUUUGGUAAAGAGAAAAGAUCAUUGAAAGAAAGAGAUGGGAGGGAUUGGAUAGAGAAACUAAAAAAUGGGAUUAUUAAGAAAAAGUGGAAACCAAAGAUUAAGUGAAACUCAUGAGCCACACUCAAUAAUUAACUCAAGGAAAAAGGAAUUCAAAUGGACUCGCUUAUAAUCCAAUUACUUUAAAAUAUGAUAACAGUGAAUAAGGCAAUAUCUUGAGACAAUUUGACGAGAAAGCAAAAGUGAGAUAAUUUGUAAGAGCCCAUAAUUUAGAUACAAGAGGGAAUACUGGUUUUAAUAUAUUAACAGGAGAAUAAAGGGGAGGAGUAGAUCAAAUUGUACCUAAUCAUCUGCGAACUAAUUAUUAAUAGAGACUUAGAGAGGCAGAUGACUAACAAAACAUAAAACACUAUGCUAUUUAAUAAUAGUUAUUGAAUUAAUAUGAAUGA